CAAUGGUCCUCCAAGCCAGACGAGGCCAUGCUGGUGCAAGAGCUGAAUGGAGAUAGCCUGGAAGACAACACAGCAGCCCUGCAGGCCGAGCCAGCCAGAGAGGAGACCCCUCAGGCUCCUGCGUCAGACGUGGGGAUGAUGAUGGCCUUGAGCCAGCCCAUGGAGGACCUCUCCAUCACCUACCCGCUGGAGUUUGAGCGGUACUGGAGGGCCACUCAAGAGAACCCCCUGGACUUCACUGCAUGGACCGAAUUGUUGCAAUAUGUGGAACAGGAGAAUCACAUCUACGCCGCCCGCAAAGCUUUCGACAGCUUCUUCCUGAGGUACCCCUACUGCUACGGCUACUGGAAGAAGUAUGCCGACAUGGAAAGGCGCUUUGACUUCAUCAAGGAGACCGAGGAGGUUUUCCAGCGGGGUCUGCAGUCCAUCCCUCUCAGCAUGGACCUCUGGAUCCACUACAUCACUUUCCUCCAGUCCACCUUGGAUAUGAAUCAGCCCGAUUCAGCUCAGAAGAUUUGCGGGACUUUUGAGGCCGCUGUGGCUGCCGCAGGAGUCGACUUCCGUUCGGACAAGCUCUGGGAGAUGUAUGUGGAAUGGCAGAAGGAGCAGGGAGACCUGAGGUCCGUCACCGGCAUUUAUGACAGGGUGCUGUCCACUCCCACCCAGCUGUACAGCCAUCACUGGGAAAACUUCAAGGAGCAUCUGUCCAGCCAUCCGCUGGACAUUCUCUCCAUGGAAGAGCUGCUGUGGAUGCAGUCCAAGUUGGCCUCCGACACGGCCCCCAAGACGGCAAGGGGGGAAGCCGAGGAGGAAGCACCACCUGGAGAACUGCCCCCAAAGGCGGAAAGCAAGCAGGAGGCCGCAGAGGGGAUCCAGGCGUUGGGGGCGCUGGACCCGGAGAAAGUCCUGGAGCAAUCCAUUUCGAUCCGCCAGCAGAUCUUCAGUCAGAAUGAAGCUGAAGUCAGCAAGCGCUGGAAUUUUGAGGAUGGGUCCUCGACCUACGAACAUAAUUGGGAACAGAAUUUCUAUCGCUAA